AAAGCUUAUAAAUAAAGGACAAAAAUUGAGUUAAUGUUCCAACAAAAAAAAUUUAAAAAAACUUCUCAGACAUUGAGUUGUCUUUGCUUCAGACAUCCUCUCAAUGGCUGAUGUUGGUGGAAUUUCAGUUUGGGUGAUCAAUAUAUGUGUAGUUCUUCUACUCAAUCUAAUUUCUACUGCAUUUGGUGAUGCUUUGGGAGUCAAAUUUGGUUACACAGGCCCAGUAGGCCCAAAUGGUUGGGGAAGGUUGAGCCCAACAUAUUCAGUCUGCUCAAAUGGCAAAUCACAGUCCCCAAUUAACAUAAUUAGUCAUAAUUGUGCUGUUAACAAGAAGUUAAAGCCCUUGAUUAUGCAAUAUAAUCAUUCUGAAGUUGCUACUUUGGUUGAUAAUGGCUUUAAUGUUGGGAUAAAAUAUGGUGAAAAUGCAGGAAGUUUAAUUGUGGAUGGUAAAACUUAUAACUUUAAACAAAUGCAUUGGCAUUCCCCUUCUGAACAUACAAUUGAUGGCAAUCGUUAUGCAGCAGAGCUUCAUCUAGUUCAUUUUGCUCAAGACAAUACUAUAGCAGUUUUAUCAAUCCUCUUCCAUUUGGGCCAUCCUGAUCCCCUAAUGACCAAGCUUCAAAACAAACUGAAUGAGCUAGCAAGGGAUGUAGCAACACAUAAAGAAACACAAGUGCAGCUUGGAAUAAUUGAUACACAUGAAAUAAGGAAACAUUCUCACAAAUAUUACUCAUACACUGGUUCUUUAACAACUCCACCAUGCUCUGAAAUUGUCUCUUGGUACAUUCUUGGCAAGGUGAGAUCAAUAUCAAGAGAACAAGUAGAAGAAUUGAGAGCUCCAUUGGAUCCAACAUGCAAGAGAAAUGCAAGACCAACUCAACCCUUAAAUGGAAGACAAAUUCAGAUGUAUGAAGCCCAACCCACCCCUUAAUUAAAUGGAAGGCAAAUAAAUGUGUACAAAUAUUCCCCCAUAAUAAAAGACUCCUUUGAAAAAAGAAAGUAAUAUUACGAUGAUGUGGAUGACACAUAUUGAAUCUUGAAAA